AUGAGGCGGCUGCCAGCCAUGGCCCUGAUCCUGCUGCCUCUGUGGUUUGGGACUCAGGGGGCCGAGGCGUCAAGCGUCUGCGGGCGUCCGAGGAUGCUGAACCGGAUGGUGGGUGGCCAGGACGCCCUGGAGGGCGAGUGGCCCUGGCAGGUCAGCAUCCAGCGCAACGGAAGCCACUUCUGCGGGGGCAGCCUCAUCACAGAGCGCUGGGUCCUCACCGCGGCGCACUGCUUUUCCAAGAGCUGGAAGCACCCCAGACCUUUCUCCAAUUAUAUCUCCUCGUGCAUGCCUGGACCCUCGGUCAUCUUUUGAGUAUGGGAAAGUGAACUAAGUUGGGUCACCGGGUUAGUGCCCCAGCAGGAAGACCGCCUGCCCAACCCGCGGGUCCUGCAGAAACUCACAGCCAUCAUCAGACACACCACGUGCAGCAAAGAUGCCGAGUCGGGCUUCCAGCCCAAAACCAUCAAGAACGACAUGUUGUGUGCUGGCUUUGCCGAGGGCAAGAAGGACGCCUGCAAGGGCGACUCGGGCGGCCCGCUCGUGUGCCUGGUGGCCCAGUCAUGGCUGCAGGCUGGGGUGAUCAGUUGGGGCGAGGGCUGCGCCCGCCGGAACCGCCCAGGGGUCUACAUCCGGGUCACCUCCCACUACGACUGGAUCCAUCGGAUCAUUCCAGAAUUACAGUUCCAACAGGCUAGGUCGGGUGGCCAGAAGCGGGGGCCCCGGGACCAGCAGCCCCUCGCUCUGAACUCUGUGCCCUGCCUGGCGGCCCAUGUGGCCCUCUUGGCCCUUGUGGCCCUGCUCACCCUCCUCUGA